AGUAAUUGUCAUCUCGCGACGGAUGUAAAAAGUCAGAACCUUGCAACAUCCUCAACAUUUACCGACGAACUCCAGCGUCUGCCGUCACGAGAUCAAAGAGACGAUGUCCACGUUACCAGUAACUCUGUCGUGCCUGCUGUUGCUUGUGGUAGCUGCGUCCUCGACCAAGCCGGCACUGGACAGGGCGAAGAAGACAAGCGAUCCUAACCAGUGGAGAAAUCGUCCGCAGUCACCAUGCAAUUACGGAGGACGUGCCUACAACAGUGGUGCUGUGUUCCUGGCACAAAACCGCUGUAGCAAGAUUCGAUGCACUGCCGGGCAGAUGCGAUUUGUUGAUAUAAAGUGCCUUUACAACAACAUGUGCUACAACGUUGGCGCCAACAUCCGAGGGGGACACAAUGGCUGCCAACUCAUGAAUUGUCAAGGAAACGGACAGUUCAGGCCUGUGCUAAGUGAUCCUUACAGAUGUAAGGACGCUCGCAAUAUGUGCCGAAUGUGCCAGGGGUGAAUCAGGUGGAGCCCAGUACUGGUAGUAUCCAGUAGAAAUCAGCUCACGAUUUACGGAUUUCAAAUUAAUCAUGACGUGUAACGGAUGUUUCAAACAAAAGGAACUAUGAACUAUAGUUCAACAAUAACUGAAUGGUUAUGUAAUGUGAUGAAAUGUAAUGUUUCUUCAAUGAACAAAUAAAGUCAUUCAGUGCAU